GACCAACUGCUGUCGCAAAUUCCAAUUCCGGUUCACAAUCACAACUCUCCUCCAUGCAUCCUCACUCGCUUUAACUCCGAAGAGCUCCUGCUGUUUCUCUCUCUCUCUCUCUGGAUUUCUCCGUUAAACGUUCUCCGCAGAGACUGGGGGUGAUGGAUACUUUGUCUCUGAAACUGCCUCGAGGGUUCCGAUUCAGUCCAACGGAACAGGAACUCAUCGACUACUACUUGAGUUCCAAGAUUAAUGGCAAGAAUUAUGAAGAUAUUUACUUCAUUCGCGAAGUUCAGAUCUGUAAAUGGGAGCCCUGGGAUUUGCCGGGUAAUUAUAUGUCUGACAAAGUGACCAAGGAUCGGGAGUGGUUCUUCUUCUCGUCACCGGAGCAGAAGCAUCGGACUGGGAAUCGAUCGAACAGGGCAACCGAAGCUGGGUACUGGAAGUCCACCGGUAAAGAUAGGGAAAUCAAGUCUGGCUCGAUUUUGAUCGGAAUGAAAAAGACUCUGGUGUUCUACCUAGGGCGUAGUCCUACCGGGAUAAGAACCCGUUGGGUAAUGCAUGAGUACCAGACAACCCAGAAGGAACUCGACGGCACGAACCCUGGUCAGAAUCCCUUUGUCCUGUGUCGUUUAUUUGAUAAACAAGAAAAGAUUAGUAAAGGUCCAAACUUCAAUGAUGGACCUGCCACUGGUCUUGAAGAAGCAGAGUCUGAUCUACCUGUGGCUUCAGCAUCGGAAGUGCAAGCUGAGGAUAAUGGAACAAUCAAUGAAUGUUCUAAUUAUGAGAAUUCUCAUGGGACAAUAUCUGACACUACAGCACUUGUUGAGAGUGAUGACAACAAUUCUAGUGCUUGUUUUGCAGAAGUUACACUUACUGAGGAUGAUUUGCGGCUACAAGAAGAAAUACAAAGGGUCCUGAAUCCAGUAGAUUGUGAACCAUUUUCCUCAGUAAUUUCGUCCUCCAACAAGCCUGCUGUUUCAUCCCCUGCAACAGCGAAAUCUUCUUUUAAAGAAGCAGAGUCUGAGCCAGCCGAAGCUGACAAUUACCUCAAAAUAUGUUGUCCUGAUGAUGUUUAUGCCGCAAAAAAUCAAAUGGCAGGAACAACAGCUACUGAGGGUGACUUGCAAUUGUUGGAUGGCUUGGCUAUGUCCGAUCUCUCACCAGAGACAAUAGAUUGGGACUUACUCUUCCAGCUCUUACCCUCUUCACCGUCGGAUAUGCACAAAGAGUCAGAUCCUUUUUGCAUACCAGACCUUGUCACCAAUGACUUGAACGGCAGUCAUGGUGGGGUGUGUUUACCACAUGAUCUGAAUGGGUUGUAUCCUUACAUUCCCAAUAUGUCUGGCAAUCAAAAUAAUCUCAUUUUUGGCUAUGAGACUGGGAAAAGCGCAGUCCCUAUUAGGGAUAUUGGAUCAUGCAGUGGGUCAGAUGUGGAAUUCGAGGACUUACUGCUUAAGCCAACAUUUGAAGAUUCUGAGGAGGUCAACAAAAGAAAGGCUUCAUCAGAGUUGUUAAAUCCAGAACCUAUAUCAUCGAUGGAAGGGUCUGGGCCUUCAAAUCAGAUCAUAGGAUCUGAUUUGAUUCCAAUGAAUUAUUGGUAUUAAUAAUUCUUUGGAAGAUGAGUAUCAACCUAUCGAAUACUCAUCACUAAUUUGCCCUGUUUCUAAACCAAUUCCAGUACCUUUACACCAAAUUACUAUUAUUUUGUUAAGCCAAUGCCAAUUACGCUUUUUAGCAUCAAUCCUUGAUUCCAAUGGAAUACUUCCUUUGGAAAUUAUUCGAAAAUGUUUUCUGCUGAACCAGCAUUUCCCUCCUUUGGAAAUCUGGAAAUUAUCAAACACAAACCUCAUACCAAAACACGUCUCAGACUCCACAAAAUACCCCAGCCAAUUAGUCCAUGACGACAAUUACUUUUUCAUGAACCCAAUGCAUUAUCGGCCAAUUUCAAUUCCUCCAUAUUAGUUUCAAGUUCUAUCCAUGGCUUAUAGCCAUAAAAAGAACCCAAUGGGUACCCUGUCAUGAAACUUUGAGGAAGACCCUCAACUUUCAUGGUCAUGUUCAGAGUGUUCUAGAAUCUUGUAAAAGAUCUGGUUCUGAUACUCAUUACCAUAUGAUAUUAUUAUCAGAAAAUUAAAGUUAAGGAUCUGAUAAUCAUAUGUAUGUUACCUGGUGUACUUGUGGGAAACUCCUUGUGGAGGGCCUGUGCACCCCCGGGAUUAGUUGGGAUGUCGUUCCUGGACACCCGGUGCCAAUAAAAAAAAAAAAAAGAAAAAAAAGAAAUUGGAUGUUACCCUAUCAAAUGAUUAUACAAACCUAAUAAAAAUGAGGUUCAAUAAUCAUAUGUGGAUGGUACCAAAUCAAGUGACUAUGAGAGCCUGAAAAAAGAGGUUCUGAUGAUUGACUGGACCCAAGUAAACUGGAUGCCACUGACUGCACUCACGCAAAUUCAAGAUAGUGUGGUCUGUUUGUGGGAUCUGGGAUUUUCCUGGCUUACUGGUCAAGAGUUCAUGGAGUAUUUCUCUGCAGAAAUCUACGAGGGGAGGAAAGUAUCACCUGCGUAAGAGAGCAUGAAGAUUUACAACCAUGGAAAAUUGGAGAAGAAUGUAAUUUAAGUAACUUUAUUUUGUAAUUUAAGUAACUUUAUUUUGCUUGUAAAACAUGUUUGGUUUGUACUUUAGCAACAGACUAUGACUGUAAAUAAUGGUGUGUUAGAUAGAAGGGUUUGGCUUUGAAUACCUUGUCGGUUUCUUUCCGUCAAGAGUUCAGGAAACCAUAGAAGGGUCUGAAACUUGUCUUGAGUUGAAGACAAUACUCUCUGCUAGCUAUGUAUGAGUGUAGAAGUUUCUUUGAUAUAUUAUCUGCCUAUGUUGGAUUGUA